AUGUCGUCCUCCACCCCUAUUGUGCAAUUAGAGGAAAUUGACCUCUCUUUAUUUGAUGAAGGCCCAGAGGUCCGCCAGGCCCUUGCUGAGCGUCUUGAAAAAGCCCUUACAGACCACGGUUUUUUCCAGCUUGUCAAUCACGGGCUCGUGACCGAUCACCUAUCCUCAAUUGGCCGUCAGGUCUUUGAAGAGCCAGAUGAAGUGAAAGCUAAGCACAUUGCCGGCCAGAAUGAUCUACCAGAAGAGAGCUAUAAGCAAUUGGGUGUUGUUAGAGGGAGCGGUUACAAGCCAAGAGGUUACUGGACUUACAUAAAUGACCAGAAGGAUAGAGUUGAAUUUUUCAACCUGCGCCACUUCGCACACCCAGAAUAUGUCAAGACCGCCAGCUACCCUCCUUCCGUUGAGAAAAACUUGCCUGAGAUCACCUCUUAUUUUAUUGAUCUUCAUAACAACGUUUUACGCAAAUUGCUCUCGUUGAUUGACAUCAUUCUGGAGCUUCCUGACGGAACGCUUUACAACAACCACUUUAGGGUGGUCGAAAAUAACAUUAAGGAGUCUGCCACAGGUUACGGUAGAUUCUUGUUAUACCACGAGGCUGAUGAUUCGUAUAAUUCGAAGACAGGAAACACGCUGCUUCGAGGCCACACAGAUGCUAGUGCACUAACAUUCAUCCUAUCCGAUCCUGUUCAGGCACUCCAGAUCAGGCUCCCAGAUACUGAAAACACUUGGGGAUUUGUUAAGCACAAACAAGGCGCCCUAGUUGUGAACGUUGGAGACGCGCUUCAGUUUUGGACCGGUGAUUACUUCAGAUCCAGUGUCCACAGAGUUGCCUCGCCCCCUAACCACCAAAAGCGAUCCAGCACGAUUUAUUUCUGCACCCCAACUUCUGCGACGUAUUUGGACCCUGAUUCCUUGAACUCUCCAAAACUCAAGCGUUUGGGAAUUUAUGCCGACAAGAGUUUGCAGCGCAUAACUCAAGGCGAGUGGGAUAUUGCAAAAGGUGCGUUUUUCAACAACACAAGCUCGAACCAAACAAAGGGUAUCACGAUUUUGGGCAGAAAGUCCCUUGGAUCUCUUAUUGGCGAAGCUGUCGAUGCCUAAAGCCUGAAGUAUAAUCGUACCAAACUAGGAGUAUAUACCAGGCUAUAAAAGUUCUUUUAUUCAUCUACAAAUAGCUGUAGGAAGUUUUGAUCUCUAACCUGCUCGAACUCAUUGUCCACACUAUGGUCGGUGAUCCACUUUGCUGACAGACCCCUAUGCUCCACUUUUCUUUUCCACUCCUCAUCAGUUUCGGCAGUGCCGAUGUAUUUGGCACUAAUUUGUUGAUCAAUUUCAAUUUGUUUUUGAACGCGCUUCAAAAAUGGGGCUCUGGUCUCAUUGAAAAGAAACAAAGCUUUUUUCAAAUUAUACUUGGUCUCCAACAAGGACCGGUACAAGGCCCAGACAUCAUCAAAUCCCAUAUUUGCACCAGCCCCGUAAACACCGGAGGUUGGAUGAGCAGCAUCGCCGACAAACGCAAUCCGGUCCCCAACAACCAGGUUCUCCAGCCAAGGUGCCCGUUCCAGCGGGAAAGCAAUCGACUCCGGCAUAACUUCAAGAAUCUGACCGAUAAGUGGAUCCCAAUCUCUGAAGUGCUCAAUCAAGCGCUUCUUACCCCAAUCACCUGUGGUCUUGUUCCACCGCAGGUUGGCAGCAACUUCUGGUGGGUCUCUCAAGUGGGCCGCAACGUUGAACUUUCCAGGCGUUAGUCUAGUCAUAAACAUAGCAGAUCCCCUGCCAAUCCAGACUGUAAUAUCAUCUGGCAAUCCAGGAAUAUGUUCCACGAUUUUAUCGUCAAAAACAUUCCUAUAUGCAACUGCUCCCUUGUAGACGAUGGCAUCAUUGGUGAAUUGGCGACGAAUUUUUGAGUAUAUGCCAUCAGCAGCAAUCACCAGAUCAGCUUCUGUCACGUUCCCAUUUGCAAAAAGGAUGGCAACACCAUCUUGUCUCACAUUAACGCUUUUCACCUCUUGGCCGUACUUAAUGGUUCCUUUUGGAACAUGUUUCAAAAUGAAGUCCAGCAAAAGAACUCUUUGUGCCUUGGCAUGGUUGUAUUUGGGAUACUUUGGUGACUUUGAGUAAGGCUCUUUGAGGUAUUCCCCAGUUUUCCAAUGACGUCUAGUGAUAUGCCCGUUAUUCGGGGUUCUAUAAAGUAUUUUUUCUAGCUCAUCCAGAUCGAAAACCUGAUCAAGAGUCACAAGGCCUCCCUCGGUAAGAGUGAUGGCUGCUCCAACCUCACGAACCUUCUCGCUUUUUUCGUACGCAGUAACCGAAACAUUUGGUAGCCUAGACAAGGUAACUGCAGCAAAUGCUCCCACCAGUCCACCGCCAAUAAUUGCAAUCUUAAGUGGUUUGACCUCUUCCUCGCCUGUCAUGGCAAUCGUUUCUCGGUGAUUGAGACUUGGCAGUUUUUAUGAGCAUUGUCUGAUUUAUAUAUCCUAAAUGUGGCAAGAGAAACAAGCCGCACUGUGGCAUCGAAAUCCCGGGUACGGAGACAAUUUUUGAAGCACCUCGGUACGGCAAAAUAUUGACGAUACAAACUAAAUAUGCUAAGUACUAGUAUAGCUUUGCCCGGUGGUGAGAUAUUAUAGAGUGGAGUGCAGGCCAGAACAAAAUUCUCUUCGAUACUUUGCACUCGUUAUCUUUUUCAUCAAUUUGAGCACAAUAUUUUAACAAGGAUCUAUCAAACUCUGGGCUCAAAACGUUGAAGCUAAAAGAUGCCGGAGGAGUAUUGGCAAGUUCUGUCAGCCAAGAAGUUAUUGUGGUGCGCUGACCGUGGUAUAGGCUCUUGCUGGAACCCACAAUUAGCUUAAGUUUGUGGAAUCAACUGGUUACAACUUCAUGAUUUACACUGUACUUACUCUGCGAAUACCGCAACCCAGAUACAUGGUUUUCCUGACGUUAAAAAAUCGUAAGUUCAAGAGCAAAGAAAGUUCACUUUUUGUGGAGUCAUCACUAUCUUGCCGAAGAUAUAGCCAUUUUCCCCUUCGAUACACUGGUCAAUUGAUGUCAUCUACGUUUAAACUCCAGGAUAACAUAGAUUUCCAUAUCUCAAAGAUCAAAAAUCCUCUGAAAAAGAAAAGUGUGCCAUAUGGCCAAGGAUCUACUUCAGCCACCAUAAGCAUGGUUUUGAGAACCAUCAAUGCUGCUGUUGUGAUGUGAUAAAUGGGUCUGCAUUGCCGAAACGUUAAACGACUCUAUUUUUGCCCUGUAUCUUUCAGCUUGUUGAGAUACUGCUGCCUCUUUUUGAACAAUUUAUAGAAACAGUACGGCUGUGACUGGGUAUCAGAUCAAUUUCUCAGAUUCGUAUUCCCACUCGCUUCGAUCAUUAAAUGCAUUCCAGGCCCUAUACAAUCAUAAUGUUACUCUAUCUCCGUGUUAGUUUUCCCAAACAAGGAGAACCUUGGCGUGAGGUCGCCAGUACACGAAUCAUGUCUAUAUUGGUGGUAUCAAGUUACAAGAUUAUGAAUGCUGAAGAUUUGCAAGCAAGAGUGACAUGAGAGCUUAUCCAAGGACACGACUAUUUCCCAUUGCAAAUACGUUUCAGAAGUUGAAGGCUACAUGGAAUUCUCAGCCACGUGCUCGGAAACUUCAGGCAUAGGAGAAAAUCACACAAUUAUCUGGUAUCAACAACUAAACCCUUACAGCCUUGGAAAAUUGAGAUUUAAUCUUCAAGAUUAACAUUUACAUAUACAAGCUUUAACCAUCUACAAAUACUCAGAAAAAUAAGAACGUUUUAAUUCAAAGUUGCUCUAGCUUGUUUACGUCUCUCUAGAUUUUGCUCAAAAAUUUUGUCAAAUUCCUCCUUGUCAACGUCCGGCGUCCACCGUGUCUCAUACAAUGGAUGAUCUGGAGGAAGAAAUGUUUGUCCC